AUGUCCACACAAGAUACAGAUCACGCCACUGCCACCGGCGACGCUCAGCAGCAGACUGGGCCAGGAGACUCAGCCUUCACCACCAAGCGCGAUAAUCUCAUUCGUAAUCUACACGAAAUCGGCUACAUGUACGAGCGACACCUCCAUCGCAUGAACAUUCGUACAGACCAAGCUUUCCUCGACUCUUACAAAAGCUUGCUCUACAAAACCACCAACGAGAUCAAGAACAUUCAGCUAGACAUCCGCUUCCACGGCAGAGGGCCAGCUACUGUGUCCGAGUGGUUCGCCAUAGUCUUUGCGCAGAUGUUUGAUCCAAACUUUGUAUUGUUCACAGCUUCUUUGCUGGAGCAUGGCAGAGUGCAUCCGAAUUCGUACUCCGGCAUCAACCCGGAACAUCUGAACUUCUUCAAGUUAGCUGGUCGUAUCACUGGCAUGGCGAUUCGAGAAAGUGAGGUGCUGCCACGGCGGUUGACGAAGGCUAUGUUGAGACAGAUACAAGGUGAUGAGGUUAAGCCGUUGUCUACAGAGGACUUGAUGGAGGAUUUGAAGCAUGUUGAUGAAGAGCGUUACUCUACGCUGACUGCCAUGCUCGAAAGCCAUGAGGCAUACGCAAUCGGCAAGACGUUCUCCAUCAACAUCGACAAGUUCGGUGUCACGGAGACGAUCGAUCUCGUCGACAAUGGACGCAACAUUCCCGUCACUGGAGAACACAAGGAGGAAUACGUUCGGCUCGUAGCUGAGUAUGUCUUGGAGAGGUCGGUCAAGGAUCAGCUCGAUACGUUUGCUGCUGUGGUACAUGACGUUCUUCCUCCCGAGUCGUUGCUGGGUUGGAGCGAGGAAGAGCUCGAUCGACUGUUCUCGGGACUAUGGCAGAGGCUCUAG